AUCUUCAUCCGUUUCUGAGAUUGAGAAGAACACCAAGAGAAAACUAUUAUAGUUAAGACCCAGAAAUAAAGUAAGAAAUGCCCAAGGCCGUUGCUAACGAAAACGUCUUGCCUCCUGGUGGAGCCUCCUCGCCACUGCGCGUCUCCAGUCUCUUCAAUGUCGCCAAGAAGCACGUCGUCGUCACUGGUGGCGGUAGCGGGAUCGGAGCCAUGAUAGCGGCUACAUUUGUGGAAAAUGGCGCAAAAGUGCUGAUCUGCAGUCGUAAGGACUCCUCUGCUUAUGCGAAAGAGUUGAGUCAGAGAGCAACAGCAACUACAACUACAACUACGACUACUACGUCUUCUAAUAGAACUAAUAGAACAAGUAGUGCAAGUGCAUCUCCUUCUUCUUCUUGUUCAAGUUCAACAGCGGCACAACCAUGUUGUACAGCCUUAGCAGACUGUGAUCUAGGCACCGAAGCUGGCAGACAGCGCGUCUUCGUCUGGUGCAAGGAACAUUUUGGCGGUAAAGUGCAUGUUCUAGUCAAUAACGCUGGCACGAAUUAUGCGGAAAUGUUCGAAAACCAACGUGCAGACCUGUUCGCGAAAGUGUUGCAUCUAAACUUGACGGCUGUCUUCUUGAUGACGCAAAAACUAUUGCCCAUGCUGGAGGCAGCUGCAACGGGAACGGCUGGAGGUGGAGAUACUGGGGAUGCAGGUGUACUAGCAGCAGAUGAAGCCGCACUUGGUGAGAACUAUUCUUCCGUCAUCAACAUCACCAGCAUCAACGGUUUAAGAAAUCCCGAAAUGGAAACCUACUCUUAUCAGGCUUCAAAGGCUGGGUUGAAUCAUCUCACCACUUCCAUGGCCAUGCAUCUGGCACCGAAAAAAAUCCGCGUGAACAACGUCGCACCAGGAGCAUUUCCUUCUAGAAUGAUGCGAGGAACCAUAGAAAUGGCUGGCAAGGAACUGAUUGCGGAGAAAAGUGCGAUUCCAAGACUAGGUAUGCCAGGUGACGUUGGGGCAGCUUGUAUCUACUUGUCGUCACCAGCGAGCGCUUGGGUAACAGGGACGACGCUGGUUGUAGAUGGCGGGAAUUUGGUGAAAGCGAGGAUGUAGAAGUUCUUCGGACAUUGUUUUUUUUCUAUGAUCUACUUUCUUAAUACACUUAAUUUUAAUUGUACAUCAACUGUUGGGGUAGUUGUUGCCCUAUUCAUGCUAUGUAUCUACAACAUGUUCUUGUGACUUCAACUUCGAAAAAAAACGAUCCUCUUAGUCUAUCUUAUCUUGUCGGUUGCACACCGCGCCUACGAUUCCGC